AAAGUGAAAUCAGGCGCGAAUAAGGCAGAAAACGAGGAUGAUGGAAAUGAGGGGAAUCGAGUUCACCUGAGGAAAGUGAAAUCAGGCGCGAAUAAGUUAGAAAAUGAGGAUGAUGGAAAAGAGGGGAAUCGCGUUCAGCCAAGGAAAGUGAAAUCAGGCGCGAAUAAGGCGGCAAAUGAGGAUGGAAAUGUGCUAGUGAAAACAAAAUCAGAGAAAUGUACUAAGAGUUUUGAGAAAAAUAAGGUUGUUUCUGAUGAGUCAAAAAGCAACAAUGUGGAACAUCAACAAAAAAAUAAUCUUGAAAAUGAAGAAUUCAAGAUUUUGGAGGAAGAUAUUGAAAAGGAAAUCAAUUUAACAGAAGAGAUUAAGACUAAAAAGAUUGUCAUUGUUGAAGAAAACAAAGUUCAUGUUGGUAACAAUGAGAAAAAAACAGUAUCCAUUUCACCAAUUAUCAAGAAAAAGUCUCAUCCAAUUUCAGGCCAAUCAAGAAUUCAUCAGCAUUAUACAAGUCCAUCAACAACAAAACCAGUUCCAACAUCAGAUGAAUUUCAGAGAAAUAUUCCAAGACAACAUAGCAAACUAGAAAGCUUUGUUGAUUUGAUUAUGUGGACAGAUGCAUCAAAAUCAGCAUUAAUAUUUGGAAUUGGAACUUUUUUCAUUAUUUCAUCUUCAUAUACUCAGGAUCUCAAUAUCAGCUUCAUUUCUGUGAUUUCCUACUUGGGCCUGGUCUACCUUGCUACAAUUUUUCUAUUUAGAUCCCUCAGGGGUGCAAAUGAUACAGGUGAAUCAAGUGAAUAUAUAUUAGGGGAUGAAGAAGCAAUGUGGGUACUGAAAUUAAUAUUGCCUUACAUAAAUGAAUUUCUCAUGAAAAUUAGAGCCCUUUUUUCUGGAGAUCCUGCUACUACAAUGAAGAUGGCAGUUCUGCUGUUUAUUUUGGCAAGAUGUGGCAGUUCCAUAACUAUUUGGAAAAUGUCCAAAUUAGGCUUUUUUGGAGUUUUCAUCAUACCAAAAGCUUGUUCUUCUUAUUCCACACAGUUAACUGCCUAUGGUACAUUUUGGAUUAGAAGAUUUCGAGAUGCAUGGGUAUCUUGUACUCACAAAAAAGCAGUUGGAUUUGCAAUAUUUACUCUCAUAUGGAAUUUAUCUUCAAUUUCUGCUAGAAUUUGGGCAGUAUUUAUGUUGUAUGUGGGAUUUAAGUACUACCAACAAAAGAUGAUGAAAGAAGGAUGGAUAGGUGAAGAAGAAAGAAGAAUUGGGAGAAAAUCAACUUUAAUGGAAUCCAAAAAGCAAAGGAAAACAUUUUAAAGAGGAAACAAAAAAAGAGUUAUUAAUAUUAUAGAGAUAUAAUUACAAUUUUCAUUUUAUUAUUGUUGUACAUAGUUGUUUGUCUUAGUAAAAUAAAAUUUUUGGAUUUCUAUAGCUUCUAUUGCUUAAUAAAAUAUUAAAAUCUUUUAUAAUCCAUUUUCAGUGGUAUUGUAUUGUAUUGAUCAAUUUUCAGUGGUAUUGAUCAAUUGUAUUGUAUUGUAUUAUAAAUCUUUUAUAAUAUUAAACAUGACA